UAUGUCGAUCGUAGAAAAUUUCGGAAAACUAACACUAGGGAAGAGAUAAUAUCAAAAAACUUCAUUGUUUUUUAGCUGCAUUAAGCUAUGCAGAAUCAUCUUUAAGUUAUUAACUAGCAUGAAAACCGUCGAAAGUUGGUUCAAGUUCGAAGUAAUGUCAAUUUGUGUUUCCGGGUUUGAUACGAAUAUCAGGAACAACAGCCGCAGAAAUUAUUAUGUUCACCUUUGCGACAUCAUUACUAGAUAUUCAAGAUCAAAUGGGAGAAAAUAAUAUUUCCACUGCACUAAUGUCAAGUUGAAGCUGAAUUUUGUUAAGAUUAGGGAAUGACUUAACCGAAAAUGAUAAAGAGAACGUGCUAUCAAACCGCGAAGCCUCUAGUCAAUCCCAGGUACGCUGAUUUGAUUGAAAUCAGCCGAUGCGUUCAUUUCGACGACUUCGAAGAGGCGGUGCGCCUGCAGAUGAUUGUGCCGCAGCUGCUCACCAAGGGCCACAAAAGCCUCAGGCGACGGGUUCUAUGGUUCGCAGCCUCUCAUUUGAGCUCGGAGCACAAUUUCUACGGCAAUGUCAGCUUUACCAUCAAAUGGGAGACCGUGCUGACGAAACUAGGACCGAACCUCUACCUUAUCGACCAAGAGAUAUAUAAUGGUAGAAGUUUCACACGAAUUAUAUUCACCCCAAAAACUUACGACGGAAUAUUGAAAGAAGUUGAUCUGGAUUCAAAUGGUUCACCUUUGAUAAAAUCUGAUUCUUGUUUCCGCCAUGCAUCGCACUGCAUGAACGAAGUUCGCUGGGGCCCUCACGAGCUGCAGAUCGCGAUCGAAGUUACCGAUGCUGACGCGAGGUGGCUUUACUUGAACUGUAAUCCAGUGGCCAACAAUCAUGAUAAAGCGAAUGCUUAUUGUGGCAGAAAAAUUACCAGGAGGGACGGAAAAGAAUCCUUGUAUCAGCCUCACAUUUGUUAUAAAUUCAAUUCUGCUCAAAACAUUGAAUGUCCCUACCAAUGGUCUCCCGUUGAGUGUGACCAGUACAUCCAGAAGGCAUUGAAGAGCGCUGUUCCGACGGCUUGCUGUUCCAGAAUGAGACCAACACCUCAAAAUUAUGUCGGCCUAGCACUAACUGCUGAGUCUUCAAAAAUAGAGCCUAAACAACAUAGGAAAGUAGGAAAUUUUACUAACUUGGACUGCGGCUUACAGCGUCCUGCAAUUGCUUUCCAGCCGCGAAAAGUGAAGCAACAGAAUCGCAAGUCAGAGAUAAGGAAAAUUUACCCAUCGGCUGCGCAUGCUAGUUCGUCUUACAUCGAACCCAUUCAUUCAACACACCAUGCCUUCGAUACUCGAUCGCGCGAGGCCAAACAACUAAACACAAUAUCGAGUGUUGAAGCAUUUGAAAACCAACAAUCAAAUUCCAAAAAGGGAGCGAAAACUUUUUAUGAAACUGUUAAGCCUCUAGACAAUCCCACGUACGCUGAUUUUAUUGAAAUCCGCCGAUGUAUUCAUUUCGAUGACUUCGAAGAUGCCGCCCGACUGGAAAUGCUUGUGCCACAACCUUACACCAUGGGUCGCACAAGUCUCCAAAGACGGGUAUUAUGGUUUGCAGCCUCUAAAUGCGGAAUCGAGCACAAUUUCUACGGCAACGUAAGCUUUUCCAUCAAGUGGGAGACAGCACAACGCAAACUAGGACCAAAUCUUUACCUUCUUGACCAAAAGUUUCAUAACUCAAGGAGUUUUACUCGAUUAAUCCUUACCAAAAAUAAUUACAGCAGUAUAUUGGAUGAGGUUGAUCUGAAUUCAGAUGGUUCACCCUUGACGAAAUCCGAGUCUGAUUUCCGCCACGCUUCGCAUUGCAUGAACAAAGUUAGCUGGGGCGCUCACGAGCUGCAGAUCGCGAUCGAAGUGUCUGAUGUCGAUGCGCGCUGGCUUUACUUUAACUGCAAGCCGAUCGCCAACAAUCAUGUUAAAGCGAACGGUUCUAGCGUCAGACAACACACUAGGUGGGACGGAAAUGUAUCACUGUACCAACCUCACACUUGUUAUAAGUUUAAUUCUGCGCAAAACAGUGAAUGCCCAUACCAAUGGACCAGCUUUGAGUGUGAGCUGAACAUCCGACGAGUAAUGAAGAAGGCUGAUCCAAUUACUAGCCAUUCCGGUAUGAGAUCACUACCUCAAAAUACGGUAAGAUACCAAUACCUCGAUGUCGGCCAAUCACUUCCUGUUGAAUCUUCACAACGAAAUCCCAACACUCAGGGAGAAACAGGAAACAUUAUUGGAUGGAACUCUGACUUGCAGCCUCCUGCCACUGUGCACAUGCCGCGACAUGGAGAGCAACAACACUUGCAAACAACCAAUCGGAAUAAACAGGCAAAUAUCAAAGGGAUUGCCAAAUCGUCUUCACAUGCUCGUCCGUCAUCUACCCUUGCAAAUGUCGGCGAUUUACCAUAUAUACCAUGUAAAGCUUCCCAAAGUAAGCCCAAAGUGAGUGUCGAGCGACCUGCAAAACCACAAUUUAAAGCUAAUCGUACUUCUAAAAGUACUUACAACGACCGGCUAACCCGACGCUGUCAGUCACCAAGCGUUCCUAUAACUCAUCAACCUUUGCUCAGGACGAGAAUUGAAACUUGUAGUUCGAUUGCACCAGCAAUUUCAACAGAUCAACUUAUAACUAGACAUGGUACCACACCAGCGUUGACGAACACAAGCUGGUCUCCAUUCAAGAUUUUUUUGGACUGUUUCUGCUGCCGUAACCGAAGGAAAAAUUCUAUUUGAAGUGGUUAAGCGGGCCUUUUCCUACAAUAAUUAUUUAGCUAACCGUAUGAAAUG